AUGAUGUUUUCGUCCGCGGGGAAACGCUGCUUCACGAUAGAGUCCCUGGUCGCCAAAGAGAACCCUCUAACAGCCGAGGACCCCAUCCGCCCGACGGCGUUGAGUUACUCCAACCCGACGACCGAUGCCUUAAUGAACGGCUACCAGGCUCCACCGGCCAGGUCCCUCUACCAGAGCCCGGACCUGGUGUUCCCAGAGACGGUAAACCACCCCUCCCUCACCGUGGCUCCUCACCAGCUCGGCGGCUCCCACCUACAGCAUCCGCACUUCUUCGGGACGCAACACCGAGACCCGCUCAACUUCUACCCCUGGGUCUUACGGAACAGGUUUUUCGGACACCGAUUUCAAGGUAACGAUGUGUCCCAGGACAGCCUGCUACUCCACGGUCCUUUCGCCAGGAAGCCCAAACGCAUCCGGACGGCCUUCUCUCCCUCCCAGCUCCUCCGUCUGGAAAGAGCCUUCGAGAAGAACCACUAUGUGGUAGGGGCCGAGCGGAAGCAGCUGGCAAACAGCCUGAGUUUAUCUGAGACACAGGUGAAGGUUUGGUUCCAGAACAGGCGGACCAAGUACAAGCGACAGAAGCUGGAGGAGGAGGGACCAGAGAGCCAGCAGAAGAAGAAGGGAAACCACCACAUCAACAGAUGGCGCAUUGCCACCAAGCAGGCCAGCUCCGAGGACAUUGAUGUGACCUCAGAGGACUAAAACCUCGGUCCAAUCCCCGACAAUGCUGCCCUGAACCCUGCGUCCAAUUCUGACGCAUCAAAGGACCAAUGCUAUUUAUUAUGUAAUAUUAUUAAGUAUAAUUAGACACAUUAGAGGAAGACACACGGACUAAAUAUGUGAUCACCACACAUCUCUUCAUCGAGGUGCUAUACUCAGUGACACUGGAAAAAAAAACAACCCAUCUUAUUUAAUGACAUCCAUCCUGAAUGACUCUGGAUGAGGAGAGAUCUUUCCAUAGUUUAAUGAUUUUUGGUGUGUGACAGCCAAAGAUGAAGAGAAACAACGGCAACCUCUAUCAUAGUGUUUGUUUUUUUUAAAUUGUACAUAGGCCACUUAUAAAGGUUGUUUUUGAAAGAGGCUAUUUGUUUCAUUAAAGCUGUUUUUACCACCUGAUUAGGUCAUUAACACCUCAUCGCUCACCCCACCCACUCCACCACCUGUGUACCAUGUUAAUUUAAAUUUCUCCUCAAUGACGAGAACGUGUUGUCGCACACUUUUAAUCAUACCGGUGAGUCGGAGAACAAGCCGGUGACUGGCAAGAAGAAUAACAAAACAGGAAACGGACCAUGUGUCAAAGAAAAUAUCAAAAUCAUUCAGUCUCUGCAGGAUUUUAUUUUAACUUU